AUGUCUUUGCUCACCUUUUUGGUUGCCAUGCUCAUGGCAAAUGCCGUCAAUGCAGGCGCAAUCCAUGUGCGUCAAGAGGCAGCGUCGCCGUGCGAAGAGCAGGUUCCAAGCCAAGAGUUUGUGGAAAUUUCCCGCAAACUACGACUCGAGGCCUCCAACUCGUCCCUCACACGUCGACAACUGGAAAACGCCAACAUCCAGGUUUAUGCGCAUGUCGUAUUCGAUUAUGGAAGGGCCGAUGGUGGCUAUGUACAGCAAUACAGAUACGUCGGAAUUUCCUUUACCCUUGCUGAUGUUUCGUAUACAAGGAACACUCAGUGGGCUUAUGGUUACGACGAGAUUCGUAUGAAGUACUACUUACGCCGGGGCGGAUACGCAGACUUGAACAUGUAUUUCAUCGCAUCCUUUCCGGGGGAAGAACGUUAUGGCCCAAGAACCUUUGGAAUUUGCUACUAUCCCAUCCCUCGCCAACUUGAGUACGUGGAAUUCAUUCGCGAUGGGUGCACGGUGAUUGCUCAGAGUGUCCCUGGGGUCGAGGGUUGGGUAAACCAGAACCACAUCGCUACCCACGAGGUUGGUCACUAUCUUGGCUUGUAUCAUACAUUUGAGUCGGGGAAUUGGGGCGAGCGUAGGUGCUUUCCUGGGGAUGACAUCGACGAUACGUAUCCACAAGAAGAACCGUCACGUGACGACCCUAGGCCCAAGGUUUGGGCCUGUGGCGGCUGGCGACGAAGCAAUAUGUACAAUUUUAUGGACUACUCAUCCCGCUCCAAUUCCUUUACUUAUCAGCAGGCGUCCCACAUGAGGUAUUUUGCUAAUGUACGCCGCCAAAUCGCAGCUCGUCAUUGGUAA